AAAAACUUUAAAGUCGUUUUUCUCAGUUUCACACUCUAGCGAGAUAAGGUAUUUUGCCUUUGUAGGGCAGAAUACAUACAUGCACUCAAACUGUUCUAUUUUGUCUCACACUAUGUUAAUGUUAUUUAUUCCUAGGUGGUGGGAUAAAAACAGGGGGAACAAACUUAAUGCCGAAAGUGUGCUUACAUUUGGUCAUGCUGGGAAGAACAGGAGCUGGAAAAAGUUCAACGGGAAACACAAUACUGGGACGAGAAGCUUUUAGUUCAGUGAAAAGCUACAAAUCUGUCACUCGAGAAAUUGCUGCAGAAGUUGGUGAAGUUUGUGGAUUUGCAGUCAUUGUUUAUGACACACCAGGAUUUUCUGGUACAGAGAGUGAGGAAGAACUUGGGCAAUAUAAAGAGGUCCUCCAGAACUGUAUAUCAGGCCUGUGUGUGUUUCUGCUGGUUCUCCAGGGAGACAGAUUCACUGAAGAAGACCAGCAAAUCGUGGAAAAGAUUGAGGAGCUGCUAGAAGAAAAACGCAUUGAAAACACCUGGAUUCUCUUCACCAGAGUAGAUCAGCUGGAUAAAGAAAACAAGACCAUAAAUAAAGUCAUUAAUGAGACAGAAAUCUUGAAGAAUCUUACUCAGAAAUAUGAGGGCAGAUUCCACGUGUUCAACAACAAGACAAAAGUUCCAAGUGACCAAGUGAAAUCUCUGAUAACGAAAGUUUUCCAGAGGGCCUUACAGAGAUUAAUAAUCUGUUUUAUUUUUUUAUUUUUUCAUACAGUUUCCAAAAAUCCUUGGCAAAGUAUUCCAGUCAAUAUCCAGGACAUCUCUGCUGACAGUCAGUCAUUCAGAAGGAUUGUGCUGCUGGGUAGAAGAGGUGUCGGGAAGAGUGCAGCUGGAAACACAAUACUGGGACAGGACGUGUUCAAAUCUACACGUGCCUCAAAUGCAGUAACCCGUGAAUGUACAGAGAAGCGCGCCACAGUUUCAGGCAGGAAAGUGUCUGUAGCUGAUACACCUCCAUUCUUUGGCACAGAGAUGAAUACAAAGCAGUUAAUGACAGAGAUAGCCAAAAGCAUGUAUUUAUCCAGUCCUGGACCACACGCUUUUCUCAUUGUGUUUAAUGUGAAUAUGAAAAUCACUGAACAGGAGCAGAAGAUUCCUCAGAUGAUUGAAACGAUGUUUGGAGAGGGAGUGUUGAAAUACUCCAUCAUUCUCUUCACUCACGGAGAUCUGCUGAGAGGAGAAUCCAUGGAGCAAGCCAUUGAGAAAAACAAUGCAUUAAGACGUCUAGUUGAUCAGUGUGGAGGCAGAUAUCACGUCUUCAACAAUAAAGAUCAGAAUAACAGAAAACAGGUCUAUGACCUACAGCAGAAGUCUAACACAAUGAUAGAACAGAAUGGAGGAGGACACUACAGAAGUCAGGUGUACGAAGAUGCUCACAGAUUUAAACAAGAGGAAAUAGAGAGGACACUGCGAGAUGAGGAGUUGAGACAGAGAGAGGAAGAGGGGAGAAAACCACAAGUGAAUUCUUUUCGCAGUGUUUUAAUUGCGACUGCUGUCUGUGCUGGAGCUGUUGUUGCUGCCAUUGCUGGUGCUGCUCUUGCUGGAGUUCCUGGUGUUACAGCUGCUGUUGGAGCCAUUGUUGGAUCUGCUGCUGCUGCUGGAGCUUUUGAUGGUGUAGCCGUUUGGACAAAGAGGAGGCAGAGAGAGGAAGAGGAGAGAAAACAAGAGGAGGAAAAUGAAGAAGAGUGGGACUUAAUAGAAUGA